AUGUCACACUUCUUCUACUUGACUCCACAAAUUCUUCUGCCCUUUAGCCCUCUUACUUCUCAAGAAUUUGAUCUGAUCAGACGGAAGGCUGGAGCAUCUUGGCAGAAUGAAACAAGAUGGUCAAAUUCUUCUGUAACAACAUACACAGGCAGUUACCGGAAAAAACAGCUGGAUGAUUACCCAUGCAGCCGACUUUCUCUUAAGGCAGGACAGCACUGGCCUGAGUGUAACCAGGUAACACUGCCAACCGGCUUUGCCCGCAGGGCUGUUCUCCAGGAGACCGCAGGUGUUAAAGGAUCUGGCCUUCCUCACAGACACACAAUAUAUGAAACAGGCAUGUUGAAGGAGAUGGAAGAAAAUGCAGGACCAAUCCCAAGUCCUGCUAUUAAAUGGCAAUUUGAUUCCCAAUUCUGUGCAAAAAAGAAUAACCUUAGGGGAUGGGCGAGUGCUGACAACCAGGCCAUUUUCCUCCAGCUUCAGAAACCAUGUAAUUCUACAAGCAAGAUCAGCUCAUCAGAAGACUCAGAAGCUGAUCAAUACUCUGUUUACAGUCUGGGAGGACCGUCCCCAUCAUUUUGCUGAGUUGGAAAACGAAGCCACAAAGCUGGAGGCCCAGAGCUUGCUUAACGACUUGAAGGUAUGAAAACGCCUGCUUCCGGGCCUGGGCAGGCUGGCUUUCUUGGGCACUUCCCUGGGCUUCAAACGCCUUCAUCCCUCAAUUUUUUACCCUCGCUCUUAAAUUGGAAGAAGGGACAAAAGUAUCGCUAUAAUCAUUAUUAAAUUUUCGUUUAAAAUAAAUACUUGAAACCACAUUUCUCUGCAAGAACCACAGAAAUGGUGCUGUGGCCCCGACAGCGGUGGGCUGCAGCGUCCAACGAGCCAGACCCGUCCAUCUGGGCGUCCCGGGCGGGGAAGGGCUCAGGGGCGUGAGAAAGGCUCUUCUGCAUUCAGAGCAGUCGCCGGCAGAGCCGCAGCCUUGCACCGCCAGGUUUCCCUCCGCGCAAGGCGCCGCCGGGAAGCAAACUGGCGGCCGCCGUCGGGCGGGUAGGGCCGGCCCGCGUCGUAGCGGGGGUAGGAGCCUGGGGGUGGGGCGAG